AUGGCAUCCUCCCUCCCCCGCCAGGCCUUGCGGCUCGCUUCUUCUACUCCCAUCCUCCGCGCCGCCGCCUCCCGUCGUUGCGCGUCCACUCUCGUCCAAAACACCAGCCGUCGCAGCACCACUACUCAGUGGGCUUUGCCUAAGAACAACAGCGGAAAGAGAGCUUACAGCAGCUUGCCCCCCGGCGGCUCUCCCCCUCCUAGAGACACGAACAAGAUUGCUUUCUGGCCCCGUCGAGGCCCCCUCUUCCUCCACCUCUACUCCCUCCACCACUACCGCUUCAACCCCGCCUUCUCCCCCACCGACGUAACAGUAAUCUUCGUCCUCGGCGGCCCCGGCGCCGGCAAGGGUACCCAGUGUGCGCGCCUAGUGCGCGACUACGGCUUCACGCACCUUUCCGCCGGCGACCUUUUGCGGGCCGAACAAGACCGUCCGGGCUCUCAAUACGGCGCCCUAAUCCAAGAUUGCAUCAAAAAUGGCGCCAUCGUUCCCAUGGAAGUGACCGUCGCUUUGCUCGAAAACGCCAUGCGCGACACCCUUUCUUCAUCCAACACCACCAAGGGCCGCUUUUUAAUCGACGGAUUCCCGCGCAAGAUGGACCAAGCCGUCAAGUUCGAGGAGGUCGUUUGUCCGGCCAAGAUGGUGCUGUUCUAUGAGUGCCCUGAGGCGGAGAUGGAGAAGAGAUUGUUGGAGAGGGGCAAGACGAGUGGAAGGGCGGAUGAUAAUGCUGAGAGUAUUCGCAAGCGGUUCAGGACUUUCGUGGAGACUAGUAUGCCUGUUGUUGAGUAUUUUGAGAAGCAGGGGAAGGUGGUCAAGGUUGACUCGACGCCGGGGCCGGAGAAGGUUUAUGAGGAGACGAGGGGGCAGUUUAGGAGGGUUUUUGGGGAUAAGUUUUAG